AUGUCGAAAUCGCCAUCUUUGCCUGUCUUUGAUGAACCCGUGUAUGAGGAUGACGUGUUCGAUGGAGUUCUUGAUUGGCAGCAACCCGCAUAUGAUAACUAUGAUAAGAGCAUAUAUGAAAAUGUACAAUCGAAACUAUUCGCUCACUAUGUUCCAAAAGUGAUUGAUAAAGUGGAGGUGGAGCUGCCUAAAACAACAAAGGGAACCCUGAUGCACCGCUUUCUCAUAACUUCUCCCUUUUGUGAAUACACAGUAGUUAAUGAUAACUAUCUUGCCAAGCUUGAUCCAUAUGCUCCUCUAGACAAAGCCUAUAUGGUCAGUUAUGGUAUUUCCACAGAGUUCAGGGCAAUGCUAUAUGUUGCAGAGCCAAAAAAAAUAUCCAAGGUAAUCAUUUUUUAUCUCAGAGCAGUUGGUCUUGGCACAGCAGCAGGUGUAAGAAUUGCCGAAAAAUCACACAUUAUUGGUGUUGACUUCAAUCCAAACCGAUUUGAGAGAGAAAGAAAGUUUGGUAUAAAUGAAUUUAUGAAUCCCAAGGAUUAUGAUAAGCCAAUUCCACCUGCUUAUACUAUUAUUGAGAAAUUAAAGAUUGGUAGGCAAAUUGACAGCGGGUGGACCUAUCCUGAUUGGUUUAGCCAACCAAAUCCACCUCUUUAUGGUGUCCAACUGGACAUUUUUCUAUGAGCCUGAAGUUCCUCCUACCCCGGUAGUAUGACGCCGGAGCUGAGCUGAUUUAUCCGAUUAAACUUCAGUCUAGUUUUAUUUCUUUUGGUAGCGUAUAUGGUUACAU